ACAAUCGGCAACCAGAACCAGCUCACUACAGCGCUGCUAUUGGUUUUUUCAUUGAAGGAGCAAGGACAACUGCUGGGAAGUGCCUGGCUGAUGAGGAUAUCCUCUAAAAGUUAUUCAUUUUCUAAACUUAGUUUAGUUUAGUCCAUUGAAUUAGAUUUUAAAACAAGCACCAUUGAGAACUUCUUGAUCAGAUACACCAACAGAUCAGAGUCUGUUAAUCACUUAGUUUUAAGCAGUUGAAUUCGGUCCAAGGAAGGAUGACAUACAUUUUGAAGCUUUGUGCUUUCGCAAGUUUUCUCUCAAUAGCACUAGGAGAGGAAAUACCAUAUGAAAUACCCAGGGAAGAGUUUUAUAAAGAAACGCCUGAAAAAGAAUUGAAUUUCAACCAGUUUCUGGAGAAGCUUCACAAACAAAUCAAUGUCGACAUCAAAGAAAAACUAACCGAGCAGUUCAAAAUCCACGAAGAUAUGCUUAAUAUUUUAAAAAAAGUUAGAAAGUUGGACGCUUGUUUUGGAUUCAAUCUGGAUCUAAAGGGUUCUAGCAUCGAAAACGUAAAAAUUGGCUUUCCUGACGAAUUUGACUUCGGCUUAGUAAACCAAAGAUGGACAGGCAAGAUCGUGUUGUUGGAGAACGAUAAGACACCUCCUGGUUUUGGUUAUGCAGUCGACAAAGACGAAAAGACCUGCUUGAAAAACUACCUUGCAGAACACACCAAGUACGUCGACCCUGCUAAAGUCCGGGGACGACUUCGAGAACUGGUGGCCAGGGCGAUGACUGACCUUCAAAUGGAUGGAAGAAUCCAGGAUAUAAGAGAGGGAGGGCCAGCGGUCACGUUUGAAGAAAUUACGCCAAACGACAGAAGGUAUCCUUUGAUUUCUAUUGAUUUGGCUAUCGCUAUUGACCUGAGGAAAUGGCCCAGAGAUGCCAGGAUACUUCCUCCUCAUAUAAUGAAUGCUAACGCCCAGUUGGUUCCUAAGGUACUGAGCGAACCGCACACGAAGGUUUGGCAAAUCUCAUUCUCUAAGGUGGAGAAAAGAAUCAUGCAAGAUAUUGACAAUGAUGGUGGGUGUAGGAAAAAAGUACUACAACUUGCUAAACAUUUAAAAACCAGAGCUAUAGGCCAAGGAUUCUUCCUGGCUUCCUACCACUUGAAAAUGACGUUAUUGCACCUAAACAAUAAGAAGAAACAGGCAGAAGACUGGAAACAAAAUAAACUCACAGAUCGAUUCGUGGAUCUAAUAAAUUGGCUUCUGCACUAUCUGAGAAAAGGAAGCUUGCCAAGUUUCUUUAUAAAGGGUUAUGACCUCUUUAAAAACAAGCCAGAUCUUAGAUCAGCUAUUGAAAGUAUCAAACAAGUAAUAGAAAAGAUGCACAACGAUCCAAGCUUUUUGUUACCUGAAAAUGAUAGACUACAGCCUAGACACAAAACUCACCAUAAGAAAUCCAAGAAAAGAUACUAUGUACUGAAUAUCUAA